UAGAUUGGCAUUUCUUCUCCAUUAUGUAUCUGAGUCAACCAUGCACCAAGAGCUGUAUCACUGGCAUCAGUAUUUUCGGUAAUUCAAGGGCUAUAAUUCCUAGGUGCCUGGGCCGAUUUGGCUAGUUAUCGAACUUGGCCGAGAACUUAUUGGCAAACACAUUUUGUUUAAGUUUGGUGAAGAUCGGAUGAGAAAUGCUGACUUAGAGCGCGGACAAGAUUUGUGACAGACUGACAGACAGACAGACAGACACACACACAGACAGACAGGAGUAAAUCAAUAUGUCUCCCACCACACAGUGGUGUGGGAGACAUAACAACUUGAGAUAGAAUACAACUGCAUAUCACAUUCAGGGCUCCAUGGGGCCAAAUAUAAGCCCCAUUCCCAAAUCAAAAAAGGCUCCUUUUUCCCAAUUUGGAGCAAAAAAUUCAAAGAAAAUUUUUUUAAAAUCCCAAUUGAAAUUAAUUUUUGGUUAUUCAAAGAAAAUUCUUGCAUAGUUAGUUUUGUUUGCUAAAGAACUCAUAAAAAUGGUUAGAAAAACCAACCUGUUACAAUUUUUAGUAACACGCCUGUCUGUACCUCAGAUAUCUCCUGGCACCUGUCACAUCAUAUUUUCGAAGAUUGAAGUCUCUUAUUUAAAAUUAUGAAUUAAAUUCAACCCAUUAUGAAUAUUAAUGUUUAAUCUAUUAAAACAAGUAAGUAUGACCAGUAUAUUAUGACUUUUUUGGAUUUUUUCAUGUCUUUGUUUUUCCUAACAAUAAAAUGCAGAAUACAGGUAAGACUCAGAGGGAUGACAACUAUAAAAUAUCAGAUGCAGAUACAGAUUUGUCAGUCAUGGCUGCACUACAGUUGUCAGAAUAUCGACAAAGCAGAGAGCAAAGACUGGACAGGCACACCGCUUGGUUAUAUCUGUAUUGUUUGCCGAAGCUGCGACGACGGCUCAUUUGACUUCCUUAUGGGAACUGAAAGGCUGAAAAAGGCAGCUAAACAGGGGCUGAAGAAGCUGAAAAUCGCCGUGAACAGAGAAACACUCUUCCUGAAAUCACAGCCUGUUGAAAACACACUACAUUCUGACUUCAGCAGCCACAAACAGGAUCAUGUAGCUAACAUCUUCUUGAAUCACUACCACGCCAAUACAAAGGCAGCACUACAUAGUACAGGGGACGGCGACUGCCUUUUUAAUGCAAUAUCAACCUGUCUUGUCGGCGAUGAAUCCAUGAGUGUCGAGUUAAGGUUUAGGUGUUGUGUCGAGAUGAUCAAUAACAGAAACAAAAUUCUACGACAUAAAUUGUAUCCAAGACUAGUGUUAAUUUCCCCUGAUUAUGACAAGGAUUGUGUAGAUUGUACUAAACCUGGUUCAUAUUCCUCAGUUUGGCGAAUGAUUGCCGUGUCAUUUCUACUCAACAUACCAAUAGAUUCAGUGUAUCCAAAUGUAAAUGGUAGCAAACAUAUUGCCUUUCAGUCUCUGAACACUUCAUUCAGACCGCCGUUCGCAGAUCCAGAAAAAGGGCGAAUAACCAUUAUGUGGACACACACGUCGGUACCAGACAGAAAUGCUUUCGGGGAAAACGUCUCCAAACGUCAGAGAAAAGAGUGGACGCCAAAUCAUUUUGUACCUCUCGUUGAUGUUCCUAGACAGUCUGCUCGACAAGAAGAAAGUAUAACACCAGCUACCAAUCAUUCUUCAGCAUCAAGCACACAUUCUCUGUUCCGAUCUCCAAACAGAUUUGAAGCGUUAGUAACUGAAGAUGUCCACAUGCCUGAAACAGAUGACGAAACGUGCUCAAAACACAAUGAACUAUCAAACAGUUACGAGAAAGUAGAUACUUGUGAACCACACACAUGUGAAAAGGUCAGGGAAACUUACAAUCAUUAUGACAUUGAUGAGGAACUCCCACCGUCACCGCCAUUGGAAAAGUAUGUACUGAAUGAUUUAUCGACCAUAAAUGAAGAACCUGAAAAUGAGAAAAUCCAACUGUCAGAAGAUAGCGUUGAAACAAACACCUCCUUCGAAUCACUGAAAUCUGCUGAAAUGAAUGAAAACACGACAGUUCCGGACAAUGAACCUGAAGAAUUCUCGUGCGGGCCUCUUGGGAACAAAUUUAUGGACCUUCAUAACACUGUCAAUGUCUUCAAAGGACCCUAUGUGAUACUGGAAGAAAUUCCAUGUGGCAGGAAGGACGGGAUGUAUUUUGUUGUAGACAACACCAUUAACAUUGAAAACCGUAAAAUAGGUAAAAAAUCUGAAAUAUGGGACGAUUGUGGUGCAUGGAAAAAUGCGUCUACACCAACAUCAUUAUUCAUACUUAUCAAUAACAAACUUACUGCAAUUGUGAAGGGACAAGGUCAAUACUGUGUUGAAAGACAGGUAAAUAAGAAGCGCGAAUACAUACCACUAGAACCACAACCAAGUGAGGACUCUAUUUUGAUUGUGCACAGACUAUAUCAGACACUUUCCGCCUCUCCAAGCGGGAAGAAUCAAUUUAAAAGAAGAUGUACUUGGUUAGGGAGCAACCCAGACUUUUGGCCUUCAGCACCAACAACUGUGGCUAUCGUGGAAUACAUAGGAACAUUCCCGCCGCGGCAACAUCAUGGUCGCACAAAAGACUUUGAAAAUAAUAUUCCGUAUAUAAGAACUAAACAGGUGAUAAAAGAUGAGUUAAGAAACAAAUUAAGUAAGGACAGUGUGAAAAAUGUUGAGCGCACAAUGAAUAGAAAGACAAAUGAUGACAAUGAAAAACAAAGGAAUGAAAAUCAAUUGAAAAACAUUAAAGCGGGUUUAAACAGGGAAUCUCGUGAGAAUUAUCACACGCACAAUUCAGCAGAUCAAAUAAUAUGUGUAGAAGAGAUGACCAAAACUCAUGAAUUUGUUAAAAGUGUUAAACAUAUUAGUGGAAUUCAUCAUCCUGUAGUAACACUGUAUACGGACCAACAGAUAGAAGAUAUCAAACGUUUCUGUUGUAGAGAUGGUGGUUGUGUGCUAAGCAUAGAUAAGACGUUCAAUCUUGGAGAUUUCCAUGUAACACCCACAUGCUAUAAAGACAUUUCAGUGAUAAGAAGAAAAACAAAUGACCACCCGAUAUGUUUUGGUCCUACUUUCAUUCAUACGAAUUCGUCCACAAAAACGUACUCUUCCUUCAUGCACAAAAUUGCUGACAACUUGAGUGAGACGGAGAUAGCUUCGCUAGUAAUUGGUAGUGAUGAGGAAUAUGCCUUCAAAUCAGCCAUUAAACGAUGUUUUCCAGGCUGUACACACAUUUUAUGCACGCGCCAUCUGAAACAAAAUAUGAACAAAUAUAUGGAGGACCAGGUAGGCUUUCCACAAAAAGAGAGACAGCAAAUCAUUGACGAAGUAUUCGGAACAAACGGAUUAGUGGAAAGCAGAGAUAUAGACACAUACAAUAAACGUGUUGAAAACAGUCAUACGAAAAUUGAAGAAUAUGAAAUGCAUUCUUGUGGAAAACAAUUUAGACCUUAUUUUGACAAAGUUUUAAGUUUAAUCAAUGAUCAUGUAAUCAAACCCGCUGAAAACAAAAAAAUUCCAACCAACUGGACCAACAAUAAUUCUGAAAGUGCCAAUCACAUUUUGAAGUCAGCAAUAAAAUGGAAAGCGCAAGAGUUGCCAAAAUUCAUUGAAACAUUGUAUGAUAUUGUAAAGGGUGAACAAAUUGAGCGUAUAAGGGCAAUGCGUAACAAAGGAAACUACCAAUUACACUCAACAUACAUGCAUCAUGCAGUUGAUAUCGAUCACUGGACCCGUAUGACAUCAGAGCAACAAGACAGACGGGUACAUAAGUUCUUGAAGGAUACUGGGAAAUCAAAUCCAAAUAUUGUAAUAUCUACCGACGGACGUAGAACAGUGUUAAAAACUCCUUCAGCAGGCAAAAAACCUAACCAGGUGAAGAGAAAACGCGCAGAACGGUCAAGAACUCCCGCUAAACGUAAACUUGUGUGCUAAAGCCGGUAAGGCAUGAAUACAUGGUGAUUAUUUGACGUCAUUUCUGUAACGUUACCUUUUGCCAUGACGUGGUUCAUAUGAUAAAGCCGGUAUAGGACGGUCUGCCUAACAGACCGGCCCUGGCGUGAUGCGCGCCGGCAAAUAUUACUUUGAAUUGGGCAUAAUAUCACAAUGUUACUUUUCUAGGUAAUAUGAUAUCAAUCGAUUACAUUUUUGUCUAUCGGUAGUGAAGAUGUGUAUUUGAAUGUAUUGUUAAUUAUUUAACAUACCGUAAUUUCUUUAGUAUUACCUUUUGCCAUGUUGUGGUUCAUAUGAUAUGUACAUGUAUUAUAUUUUUAGCAUAUAUGUAUAUAUGUAAUAUAUUUUUGUAUCGGUAGUGAAGAUGUGUAUUUGAAUGCAUUGUUAAUUGUUUAACGUCAUUUCUUUAAUGUUACCUUUUGCCAUGAUGUGGUUCAUAUGAUAUGUACAUGUAUUAUAUUUUUAGCAUAUAUGUAAUAUAUUUUUGAAUCGGUAGAGAAGAUGUGUAUUUGAAUGCAUUGUUGAUCAUUUAACGUCAAUUCUGUAACGUUACCUUUUGCCAUGACGUGGUUCAUAUGAUAAAGCCGGUAUAGGACGGUCUGCUUAACAGACCGGCCCUGGCGUGAUGCGCGCCGGCAAAUAUUACUUUGAAUUGGAAAUGAAAUCGCAAUGUUAUUUGUCUAGGUAAUAUGAUUCCAUAUAUCAAACGAAGUUUUAGCAAAUGUGUAUAUAUGUAUUACAUAUUUGUAUCGGUAGAGAAGAUGUGAAUUUGAACGCAUUGUUGAUUAUUUUACGUCAUUUCUUUAAUGUUACCUUUUGCUAUAAUGUGUUUCAUAUGAUAUGUAUAUAUGUAUGUAUAAUAUUUUUGUAUACGUAGCCAAAGAUCUUUAUUCGAAAACAUGUUGAAUUGAAUAAUAAAUCUGAAA